AUGCUUGCCGAAGACACUACUCGUCUGGAAAAAAUCGACGAACUCUACGCCCUUCGGUUAGACCGUUAUGUGUCUUUACCACAACUUGUCGUUGUUGGGGACCAGUCAAGUGGGAAGAGCUCCGUGCUCGAAGGCUUAACAGCUCUCCCUUUCCCACGCGAUUCUGGACUGUGCACCCGUUUUCCGACACAAAUUGUCUUCAAGCGAUCACCGGAGCAGAAGGUCGACAUCAGCAUUAUUCAGUCAGAUGAGGCGAGCCAGCUAAAGAAGCCUAUCCCACUUUUCGAAACUACAAACUUGGAUGACUUCAACGAAGACAAAUACUUGAAAAUUCUGUCUAUAGCUAGCCAGAAAAUGGGGAUUUCAGGUUGCGCUUCCGGCGGAUCAUCCUUUUCCGACGACACGCUCAAGAUCGAACUUUCCGGACCGCGCUAUGAGCACUUUAGUGUCAUAGACCUUCCAGGUAUCUUCAGGAAGCCUACCCCUGGUCAAACAACAAAGGAGGAUAUAGCCCUCGUGCGACAGAUGAUCGACAAGCGUAUCAGGAAUCCGCGAAGCAUAAUACUUGCUGUCAUUCCCGCAAACGUCGACAUCGCCACCCAGGAAAUAAUUCAAAUGGCGGAAGACGUGGACCCGAGGAAUCAACGUACACUUGGUGUCCUUACUAAACCCGAUUUGGUAGACAAAGGAGCUGAGCACAGUGUCCUGGAUCUUAUAAACGGAAAGAAGAGCCGCAACAGUCUUGGAUAUACGGUCGUGUGCAACCGUAGCCAAAGCAGGCAAAAAUCAUCUCUGGAGGACAGAAACACUGAGGAGAGAGCAUUCUUCGAAUCGUCUCCUUGGUGCUCUGCUCCGAAGGACAGGACUGGCAUCUCAGCCCUACAGAAAAGGUUGGACAAACUCUUGGUAGAGGUAACAAGACAGAAUUUCAGGGCAGUCACCACGGACGUCUAUAGGAAAAUCCAAGAAUGCGAGCGGCAACUAGAGCAGCUUGGCUCAGCACGGCAAUCCGCAGAAGAACAACGGGCCUAUCUCACACGAAUUUCUUCAGCAUUCCAAGUCAUUGCCACCAAGUCUGUUGAUGGGUAUUACUCACGAGAUCGCUGCUUCAAAGACCCCGAGUAUAGGCUUGCGACAGUACUGGCGCGGCUGAACGAGGACUUUUCGCAGACUAUGUUUUCUGAAAGCUAUUCUCGACACUUCACCAGCAACGGACCACCGGCAGUACCUGAAGGCUCUCAAACUGAGAGUAAAAUGACCACACCUUCUUCGUCCGAAAACGAUACUCCUGAGUUCCCUGAACUGGAUAGCAUCAUGCUGCGUCGAAAACCAGAAGAUUGGACCUAUAUGCAAGGAAUCGACAUUAUCAGUUGGAUAAGAAAUGAAUUCGACAGUUCGAAAGGAUUUGAUGUAGCUACCAUCAACCCUUCUCUUCUUCCUACCCUUUUCUUGGAGCUUUCGAAGCAAUGGGAAAACCUAGCCUUUACCCACGUUGAAGGCGCCAUUGGGAAAAUACACAAAUUUCUUCACAAUGUACUCCACCACGUCUGUGAGGAUCCACUCACAAUCGAGCGCCUGUGGGCUAAGCUGCGUCCAUCGGUACUGGAGUGCUACCAGCGGGCUCUCGCACAGGUUACUUUCCUGGACUCCGUGGAGCGUAAUGGAAAGCUUAUUACUUUGAACCAUUACUUCGCCGACAACCUCAGGAAGCGCCGGCUCGACAGAGUUGAGAAGCGUUUACGGAGCCUCAAGAGCUGGGUGACAAAUGAUGAUGACAAAGAGCCUUUAUUAAGGCUCCGGGACACGCUGAACGUCUUCGUCAGUAACGAUGACCAGACUGUCGAGGACAUGCAUGACAUUCUGAAGUCCUACUACAAGGUGGCUUUGAAAAGGUUCAUCGACACGAUCUGUAUGCAGGCAGUCGACUAUUACCUCAUAAGCGGCCCUGUUAGCCCUUUGUCCAUCUUUUCGCCUGAAUUUGUUAGCCUCUUGCCAGAAAAUGAGCUCGAAGAGAUUGCUGGCGAGCGAUCUAGCACAACAGAAAAAAGGGCAAGCAUCAGCAAGGAGAUAGCAACUCUCAGGGCUGGAAAAAGGGUGCUGGAUGGAUAA